AUGCCCAGAAGGCCCGGGGCCGGUGUUCUCUUCGAAGACUGGACCGGUGGCGGUUUGCCACCAUUGCUCCAGCACCACGUCCACCCGCAAGUAGCGUCUAGUGCUAAGACGCGGACGGCCGGCGGUAGGCGUCAGCCACAAAACCCCGGGGACCAGCUGUGUCAUGUAGGUAUGACGUGCAGAUUCUCAUGUCCAAGAAAAUCAAAUUAGUUAUGGGUGUCCCAAGGGGUGCUAACAAACAAGUAGGUAUUGAGAUUUUGUAUCAUAAUAAAAUAUUGACACUUGUACCAAAUAGAAAAAUAUGUAUCGUAUUUUUCAAGCAUUUUACCAACCGAAAAUGUGUUUUCGAUAAAAAAAAUUAUCUAUGGCAGGGAUUCCCAACCUUUUUAUUACCAAGUACCAUUUGACAUUUUUAUGAUCAAUACACGUAUGACCUUAUUCUAAAACUAAAUUGGCAAUCAAAUUAUUUUAUUAUUAAUUCGUUUAUUAAAAUUUGUCAAUUGUUUGAUAUUUAUAAAAGUUAAACAAAUUUUAAUUUUUAUGUAAAUCUCUUAAUAUUUAAAUUACAAUUUUUAUUUUUAAUGUGAAGAAAAAUUUCUUCGCAUACCACUAGUUGGGAACCGCUGAUCUAGGGGAUGAACUGUAGAACAUUUUCGAUGGACGUUUCAAGUAAAACAAUAUAAGAUAGAAAGAACUUAUUACAUUUAUGUAUAUUAAAUUAAAAUGGUUGAAGUAAAAUAGAUAAAAUUAUCGUAAAUUGAUAAAACUUUUGUAGGUUAUUACUUAUUACUUUAUUAGUUACUCAGAGCUCAUUUUACGUUGUUUUUCUAAAUGAAAGCAAAUAGGCGGCCAUAGUUAAAGUAAACGAAUACUUUUUUCACAAUAAAGGAAAAUAUAACCGUGAUCAAUACAACGCGUAUAUAUAUAUAUAUAUAAACUGCUGUCUGUGUUAUUCAUUAAAAGAAAAGAAUGAUCUAAUGUUAAAAGUUCUGACGAAAUAGGAUACGUGACCUCCAGUCUUUUUUCUCUUGGGUAUUUGGUAUUUGUAGGUAAUGGUUGCUUAAAUAAGUACCUAUUACAACUUGUACUCAACUUGGAUAUUUAGUAUUUUGUAAAAACAAUAAUACUUUUGUGCAAUUCUUCUAUACCUAGCAAUACAAUUAUUGGUACCCACCAAUUGACUAAAUUUAAUUGACUAAAUUCUCUACUGUUUGUGAUAUAGACAAAUGCUUAUGUAAAAAAAUUAUCGUUAUAAAUACAUUUAUUUACAAACAUAUCUUUCGUAUUUAUAAAAAUAAAAUUAAUUCUAUUUUUUGCAUAAACUGGAAUAAAGUGUUAAUAAAAAAAAUAAAAAAAAUCAAUGAUUGUUCAAUACCGACUAGCUGACCAAAUUGGUAUGUGAUUUACUCUAGUUGAUUUACAUCAAUAGAAGUAUCAUCGAUAGUGUAUUAGAACUGAAGCGUGUAGUAUCUAAAAUUAAAAACAGUAGCCCAGUAGCACAGUCAAUGUUUAGUAACCUACAAAUAGGUACCUACUGAUUGUGUAGUUCAUGAUCAAUAGAUAGUAUACUAUUUUAAAAUACACAUUACGGUAUACAUACAUAUAUGUGAUUUUCCAAUUAAUAGCACUCUAUUUAAUAAUGUUUUCGAAUUUUUAAUACUUUUUUCCGAUUUUAGAUUCUAAGUGAAAUGUGAAGCGAGGAAUGAAUUGGUUUUACAAUGUUUAUUUUAUUUUAUUUUAUGCUGUACAUAAAAUUUCUACUAGAAAUCUUGCUUCGAUUUUCAAGUAUAGCACUCAUUUUAUGAUUUUCCAAGCGGUUUUCAUAAUAAUUAGGAAAAAACGUAGACAAAACCGGAAAAUUUACGAAAAUAAUGUUUUUUUUUUGUUAUAACUCAGUUAAAAAUAUUCGUCAAGACUUGAAAUUUGGAUAGAAAAUUGUAAAUAUUACGGUCUUUUAAAACAUAUAUAAUCGAUUUCUGCUUAAUUAGCAAUUUUCGUUAGCAAUGAUCAAUCAUUGCCUACAGACUGAUAACCCAUCGUGCAACAUAUGUUCGUCUUUUGUUCAUAUAUCUAGUACCUAUACCUAAGAAGAUACGAAAAAUAUUAGCAACCCUUUAUAUACUCUUUAAAAAAAUUACUUAUUUAAGUAUAAUAAUAUAUAAAUCUACUGUAUAAUAACUAUAUAUAAAUAAGUAUCUAAUUAAAUUCAUAGUAGUAAGUAACUACAUUUUUUUAAUUUUUUUUUAGCGAGAGUGGGAAGAAUAUUUACAUAACAAAUUACUUGUAUUACCAUGCACUGAAUAUAGCUAGUAAAGGUAAUAAUUAUUGAAGAUAACAUUGGGAUCAUAAAUAUUGGUUGGUCAUUGAAUUAAAAUAGGGUGGUCGAAUAGUUUGGGACAUCUGUUGAAUAUUGGACGACUGUCACACGAUCUAUAUAGUUUCUCCCUAAACUCCUGUUAACUUGUUUUAAUUAUAUUAAUUAUGCGUUUAAUUAAAAUUAAUAAUUUUAUUUAUGUAUAAUAUUUUACAUUAUACAUACCGGUAGGUACCAACCUAUAAUAGAUACUUUAAUAUUAAAUGAAUGACUUAUACUUUGUUUAAAUGGACUUUAAAAUGAUAAAGCUUGAUCAUUUUACUGUACAUUUUAAACUGAUUUGACUUAUUUUUGAAAAAUAUUUAUUUAAGUUAUUUUAAAAUGGGUAGAUACCUAAAUUAAGUUUUCUGCUUCGCAUUUUUUCAAACUUAUUUUGACUGUGUUCCUCUAAAAAUGUUGAAAUAAUAAAAUAACUACUGUGUAUACCUACUGUGAGUAUAAUAAAUAAUAAACUCCUGGCUCAUAUCAGUCACACCGAUUUAUUAAUUAUUACUUAUUAGCAUUUUAUAUUUAGAUAAGAGAUGUGGAGUGUUAGGGUAAUGAUUUUUAAUAAGUACCCUCUCAAACCCAAUAGCUAAUACCUAUUUACCCUAUACAGUAUACUGGCUAUACUUCACUUAAGAAAAUUUUAAAUUUAUUUAUUAUUCAUAAUAGUAAACGCCAAUUAGCUUUUUCCAUGAUUUUUUUUUAAUUGUUAAUAAAUAAUAAACCAUUGAGUACUGGUUCAAUAUUUAUAUUUGUUAUACAUCAAUAGGACAAAGGACUUGAAGCUCUAAAAAGUUGCUAAAUAUAGAUACACUUAAGGUAUUAAAAAUAUGCAUUUAUAUGAAAAAUAAAACAACACAAAAAUGUAAUUUGAAAUUAAAAACAAGAUUUUUUUUAUUUACAUUUAUUUUACUUAGGUAGUUAAUAGUUACAACUUGCAGAUAAAUUAUUCAAUUCUAAAAAAUAACAAAACAAGUAUUUCAGUUUUAAAAUCAUUUAACAGUUCAGUACCAAAUUUAGGAACAUGAUUUUUAGAUUCUGAGCAGAGCGAGAAAUGUAUUGGUUUUACACUGAUGUUUAUUUUUUUCUGUGGCCAACUUUUCUACCAGCAAUUUUCCUCCGAUUUCCAAGUAUAGAACUUUUUCUGAAAAUAAAUCUAAUUAGGGUUGUACUCUAAGGAGGUAAUUUUUUGAUUUUCCCUGUUUUGUAAAUGGGAGGAACGUAAAAAACACCGGGAAAUUUACGAAAUGUAUUAUGUUUUAAAAUUUUUGUUUUGUUUUGAUUCUGUUAAAAAUAUUUGUAAAUUGAUGAAGUUUGGACAGAAAACUUAUAUUUAACUUUUCUAAACAUGGUAAAAUGUUCAAUACAUUGUUGCCAUUUUUGAGCUAUUCGGUAGGUAUUCUGUGGAUAACAUUGUUGAACCAAAUAGAAAUGCUAGAAUAUUAAACAGGAGGUUACUUGUAGAUCGACUACAAAAUAUUGAGUGUAAUGUAGAAUUUUUUUUUAUUAAAAUUCGAGUAUAAAAAGUUUGACGAAAAUCGUUUUAGUAUAAAAUAAUGUAGGUAUUUUGUGAUGUAUGACUAUUGUAUUACAUUCAAGUCGGUACAAGUAAUUAUUAUGCAGGUAUAAUUAUUUUACCAUAAUAUAAAAGACAUUUAUAUUGUUGACAAAGAAACACUAUUAACCGAACUCCGCUCAAAAUAGUUUUUCGAUAGUAAUGGUAAACCACGUUGCACACAGAUAUAUAUAUUAAAUUUCCUCUCUACCUUCCUAACUUCUCACCUACAACAGUCGAUCACCCAUUGUGCGAAGUAUGUCCGUUUUUUUUUAAAUUAAGAAGAUUAUAAUGAUUUAACUUUUUUAGGCAUGUUGUACAUAUACAAAUAAAUAAAUUUAAAAAUAAAAUAAAUCGCAAACAGAAUACGUAGUUAACUGUUCAGAAACAAAGAACAUUAUAAUGAAAAUAUAUCGAUGUAUUGAUCACGGGUUGUGAGACAAAGAAAAAAUUACGUCCGUGAACAGUCAACAACCAUAUUAUACGAAUACAAAUUAAAAAUAAUUUUAGUUGUAUUAUUGAAUGAUAUACAAUGCCAUUGGGAGAAAAUAUUGAUAAAAUUAUUAAUUUAAUAAAAUAUAACUCAAAAGUUAUAAAAUAAAAGAAUAUGCCAUAAAAAAAUCUCAAAAUAUGCAUUUUCAUGUUAAAUUACAAAUUUUGUAAAUUGUUUUCUUCUUCUUCUUCGUCUUCAUUCGAACUAUUUUGAGUCGGCCACUCUCGUUCGAAAUUUGCACCUGACUCGAUAUCACCCACCUCCAGUAGCGUAACUAGGGGAAGAUUUAUCGAUAAAUCACCCCCAGACCUUUUUUUCUUUUUGUAAUUUUUUGCUCACGCGUUUUUUCCAUAGAUAAUAGUAUAACGAUUACAAAGUAAGUACAUUGUAGGUAUGCAUUGUGAUACAAAUUAUUUAUAAUUAUUAUAGUUUAUAAGAUUAUAUCAGUUUGAUAGAUAAUUUAAAUUUUCUUAGGAUUUUAAUGCCUCUUUAAUAAUCUAAAUACUUCUAAAACUAACUCUUUAAAAGUACACUCUUGGGUAGGUAAUUCUUGAAUAAGUUUGUUGAAUUUUACUUACCAGAGAUCGACAAACACGUGUCAUUAACUGAGUUAAAAUGUGAGGAAAAAAAAUGUCUACUAAUAAUUUAAGUAUAAAAACUGCAUUAGAUCCACUUUUUCUGUGCCAUGAAGAUUUAUAACCCUGUAUACAUUUUGUUCUCAAGAUUUUAUGUAUACUUCCUGUGUCAAUAGCUACUCCUGAAAGAACCUUUUCGAGUAUAAACGUAUAAAAACCUAUUUAUGUAAUACUAUGACGGAAGUAUGUAAUAUGGUUUUAAUUUUUAGAUGUCAUUAUUCAACAGUUCAAUAAUAAAUCAAGAUUAAUUUAUGGGUUUCGUAUUUUUGUUUUUGUUUUAGGUUAGACUUAAUGGAUUGUCUUCGUUAUUAAUUAAUAGACAUAUUAAAUUAAAUGUUGAGGAAAUUAUUGAUGAACUGGGAAAAAAGCCAAAAAAACUGGAAUUAUUAUUGUAAUACAUUUUUUUUUUAUUAUUUAAAUUAGUAUCCAAAGUGAGGCCCAGUAAGACCUAUAGUGGUAGAAGAGCGGUAGAAGAGCAUUGUUAUAUGCACCAUUCCACUCAAUUAUGUCAUACGAUUAUAGACUCAAAUAGUAUUAGGUAUAUAGUUCUAAUGUCUUUGGAAGUUAAUAUCUCACGUAGAUCUUUCAUUAUGUAUAUUAUCUUUUUUAAUUUAUUUGUAAUGGAUGUAAUCUGGUUUAUCCAUUUCAUACUGGAGCACAUUUCGAUGCCUAAGUACUUACAAUUUUUGACAACGCUAACCGAAUUACAAUCACCACAUUCCAUUAUAUUAUAAUUAUAUUCGUCGUGGAUUUUUAUAUCAUGUAUGGUUGGUAAAGUUUGUUCAAAUAGUGAGUGGAGUAAAAUAGUUGAUUUAUUGAAAUUUAGAAGUAGACUAUUAUCACAAUACAAUAUAAUUAAUUUUAAUUUAUGAGAUUAUAAAUGUUUAAUGUUAUAAAUGUGACCUAUAAUUUUUUUUUUUUUAUAAUGACAAAUAUUCACAUUAUACCUACAUACACUGGCUUUUUUCUAUCAUUCUCAAUCGCAUCCAAUUGGACGCAACCUUUCACAAUUUUUUAAGUCAAUAUAUUAUUUUAAGUCAUGCUCGAUUAUUAUUUUCUUAUCUAAAUCGUACCUACUAAUAAAGAAAACUAUGUACUAAUUUAAGUAAGUUAAAAUAUUUUUAUGUAAAAGAGUGUGAAUAAAUUUGAACUUUUAUGCGAUAUUUAUUUUAAUCUCCAUUACCCUGUAAUUAAUAUGUAUUUGUUGACAUGCUAUGAGUCGUAAAUUCAGCUACAUAUUUUGUGUUAGUUAGUAAGUUUAAGUUUCCUGAGUUAUUAUGCUUGUGCAUGUCAGAUUUGUGAUAUGUUCAACUUCAGAUCAAUUAAUUAUAUUUAUAAAUUCGUUCAUAUCUAUUUGUUUAUACCAUUAUUAUUAAUUAAUUAAUUAAUACUACAUUAAUACUAUUUUACUACGUUUUGUUUAAAUGUUAUAACUUGAGUGAUGUACUAAUGUAUGACUAAUAAUUACAAGUAGGUGGGUAUAGUCAGACAUUUUAUAUAAUUCUAGAGAGGGCUGAUAUUUUAAAAUACUUUUGUGCAUUUCAAAGCCACUUUUGCUCAAAUAAAUAGUUUUAGUUCGCAGUAAUAUUAAAGAUCACCAACACGAUGAAGACAAUGAUGAAAAAAAAUGAACCGUAAAAAUUGUGUACAGCUGCUAAACGUAAACCUAUCAAAAAAAUGUAUGUGAAAACUAAUUAAAAUAAUUCGAAAAGAAUUGUCAAACACCAAAGACUCCCGGGUAUGUCCAUCUACAUUUUAUAAAUCCUUUUCGAAAAUCCAUAUAUCGGAACCUAUGCAAAACUUUCCUUACAGUUCCAUCAUCGAUAACUAAUGUUAUUAGAAAGUUGAAGCUGCUAGUAUUGACAAUAAAUCUAAAAAAAUAUUAUUUACAUAAUACAAUACAUUCAGGCGCGAAUUCAGAGGGAGUUUGUUGCUAUCUAGUUAAAAUAAAUAUUAUACCUAUACACAAUGCACAUAUAUAUUUUUCAAAAGGCCGGGCAUGUUUCUAUGAAUCUGCCAAAUGUUAUUAUGAAGAUAUUUACAGAAAUAAAUUUGUGGGAAAAUAAAUGGACCAAAAUUUAAAACAAUCCACAAAUUUCAAUUGAAGCAUUAGAACACUGCAGUGAAUUUUUGCCCAACAUCAAAAUAUUUCUUCACAUUUUUGCCAUGUUAUCAGUUUCCACAGCCACAGCGGAAAGAUCUUUCUCAAUUUUAAGAAGAUUAAAAAAUCACUUACGGUUCAUCAUAUCUGAAGUACGUCUAAACUGUUUGGUUAUAUUAAAUACACACAAACAGAUAGUGAUAGAUAUAAACCAAGUUAUAACUACUCUUGAGCGAAAAAAAAGGACGGAGUUAGAAGAUUGGUCAAAAUGACCAAAUCAUAUUUUUAUUUUUAUUUUUAAUUAUAAUGACUAUAAUUGAAAUACAAUUUUUCAUUUAAAUAUAUUUUUUUUUUUUAUUACAGAGACAAUUCUAUUUUAAUAAUAUAAAUUCGUUUUAGAUGUGUGUUUUAGCAUUUCCACUAAUGGUUAUCUUUUUAAAUAUUAAGCACAUUAAUUCAUUAGGACUAAAAAAAAUGUCAUACUAUCAGGAUGGUGUAUACAAAGUUUCAUACCUUAACCCAUACUAUAAUUCCACAAUAGCGCCCUCUAUAAAAAAAAAUCCUAGAUCUACCACAAUAAUGAUUGCAUUAUAAUUAUAAUAUAUUUAAUAAUUAUUAUUUCUCUAGGGCAAUACAGAAACUCUUUUAGUCGAUUGUAAAUUCAUGCAUUCUCCAAAAAAAUUGUAUUCUGCAAUACACAAAACAUGGUUAAGCAAGAAGCCACUACGAUCCACUACGGUCUUUUUUUCUAUGUGAACAAUUUUUCUACCAACAAUUUUGUUCUAAUUUAUAAUGACAGUAAUGUUUCCAAAAGAAAAUUCCGACUGAAGAGUUACUUUAGGGUGGUCAUUUUUCGAUUUCCACUAGAGUUUUCCAGGGAAAUGUGAAAAACUGGGAUAAAACAUGGGAAAACCGGGAAAAACUUAGGAAAACUGAGAAAAUCGAUACAAAAUUAAACAAAUAUUAUUAAAGAAAAUAUAAAAAGCCUAUUGAAUUAUUUUAUUAUAAAAUGACAUUGUUAACAAUGCAUCACUAUCAAUUGAACUCUGCUUAGAAUCGUUUUUUCGUAAACAAUGGUUUAUCGUUGCUUACCGGUAUGCAUUAAAUUACCUAUAACAGUGGCUGCACUCGUCCCCAUUAUCCUAAGACGUCUUUUUAAUAUUUAUAAUAGUAACCACUGACAACUAAAUAAUUUUAGAAGGACUAAUUUCCCUGUUUAUACGUUUUGAAUGGCUUAGAUUCCUCAGGCCUCGUCACAAUUUCUGUCAAUAUAGAUACGUACAUAUUUUUCUCAAUUACAUGUUUUUCUAUCUCCUUAAAUGGCUUAAAAACCCACCAUUCUUGAUAGUUGAUGCAAUUAAUAAAUAUAUCAACAAAGAAAUUGAUAUACAAAAAGAUACAUAAUUAGGUAGUCUUUACUCUUGACAGAGUAAUAAUUUUAAUUUUAGUUUUUUUUUAAUUACACAAAAUAAAUGUUUUCAACUGAGUUUUAUAAAAAUGUAUACUGAAACAUUUAUAGAACCUAAUACAAUUUCGUUCGCUUAUUAAAUUUAAUAUAUUUAUGAACUGUUAAGUUAAGCAUGUUACCUAUUAAGGAUUCGUUAUACAGACUUUAAUAUGAUAAAAUUUAUUCAUCAACAUUAAUUAUAAAUCAAAAUGCUUAUUCAAAUUCAAAACUAGAUUUGCAUAUAUAUAUAUAUAUAUAUAUAUAUAUAUAUAUACAUAUAUUAUAUUAUAUAUUUUAAAUUAUACGUAGGUACUUAUAGUUUUUCUAAUACUAUAUUAUGUUCUAUUUUAGUACUGCAUAAGAAAAAGAGUCCCAAUCUAGUUUUACCAUAUUACAGUGGAAAUAAAACACAGUUUACGAACCCUUUUUCAUUUUAAUAAAUAAUAUUAUUUAUUUUAUAUUGUGAGUUUAGCAAAGAAUGUAUUGGUUUUACAAAGAUGUUUUUAUUAUUUUAGUUUUUUUUUUAUUUGAACACUUUUUCUACUACAGAUAUACAUUAAAUUCCCGUCUGUAUCCAGACCUACCCAACCCUACCUACCCUAUCUACCUUCCCAACUUGUCACCUACGCCAGUGACUGCGCCCAUAUGAGAAGUAUGUCCGUCCUUUUCAAUAUGGUUUGCUUACGAAUUAUGGAACUGUUUUAGUGUCAACUGAACCAUAUUUUUCCUAAAAUAGUUUCGUGUAAAAAAACGUUAUUUUUAAAAAUACGUAGAUUGAUCGUUUUUCUUAUCAGUAUUUCAAUUAUUUUUCCUCAUUUAAAUAUGUUAAUUAAAUACCUACAUAAUCUUUUUUGUGUUUAAAACGGUGAUUGAUUUUCAAACCAUAAUAAGUAGGUACCUAAAAUGAUGUAUUACUUUAAGGUAAUCAUAUUAGAAUACAAAGCUUUCCGUAUACACUAUAAUUACAAAAUUAUUCUAUAGGCACUAUUCAAUAAAACAACAAUAUGUUUUUUUCAUUUUUCAUGUAAUCUGUAAAUACCCGCCUACAUACUCAGACUUUAACAUAAAAACAAUCCUUUUUAAGAUACUAUAAAACUCCCAUAAUUAAAUAACGUAUUCGGAUUUGGGGCACGAUAAAUGUUCAACAUAUUUCAACUGUCUUCGUUUGAAAAUGUUUUCACUUAGAGUGAUUUAAAUCUCAAAGCCGCACCAGUAUGAACUAUAUAAAGUGCUUACCGUCACUACAUAACAUGGUCUAUAUGUAUAAGUUCUAGCGUGCCACUAGUCGGAAAAGUUAGUGAUGUGUUUUCAUUAUAUAGUGUAUAUUGACAUGUUGUGCAUUAAACCGACUCCUAUGUAUCUGCCAAUCUUAAAUGCAUAUAAAAUAGCAACCUAAAUUUUAGCAUAAUUAAUAUUUGUAUUAAUAUAAUAUUAUUUUCGAAAUUCGUGUAAAACAGUAAUUUAAGCCUCCAAUUGAUUUUUUUUAUAAAGAUAUAACGAUAAAAAGCUAACAGUACCAACUUGAAAAUGUAUGAUAUAUAUGAUAAUUUAUUAGCUUAUACUUGAUAUAUCGGUACGCAAUUACAAAAAAUUGUAACGAAAAACGAUUUUGAGCGAAAUUUGGUCAAACAUUAAUUGAUUGACUAACAAAAAUUGAGCAUCGUAUUAAUUAUUAUAACCUAUAAAAUAAAUUACAAUAUUGUUUGAGUUUUUCGUCUCAGAUAUUCGAGCAGUAUAAGCCAAAAGAUUUUUAUCUAUAUAAAUCGAAAUAUACCGAUUUUUAUGAUUAUCAUUGAAAUUUGAAUUUUAAACGUUCAUAAUAAAAAUGUCUACAUAUACCUUAAUUUUUUUUUACCACUACAAUUCAGUAUGAAGAACCUCGUCUUAAAUUUGAAAUUUCUGUGUAAUUUUAGUGAAUCAACAAAAUUAUAUAUCUAAAAUACGUAAAACUUAAUUAAAUUAAAAAAAAAAAAAAACAAAAAAUAUCAAAUAUCUAAAAAUAACUCAAAAUUAGUUUUAAUGAUACCUCCCAACUUAAAACAUUCAUGCUGCGAAGUGAAUUUUUCCACGUUUGUUAUAAAUGAUUUUAUUCAUCACCGCCUGCUAUAUUUUAUGUAGGAACACAAAAAGUCGAUAAAACAUUACAUUACGAUUAUAGUUACUAAAUAUUUUAUUAUUUAACACGAGUACGCGUUUACAAUAUAGGCAAACAAUUAGGUAUCUAUACUGUUACCACGAUAUUGCCAAUAUUAUGGUUAGAUAUACCAGACAUAAUACGAUAGCCGAUAGGUACAGUCAUACAGCUGCUAUGGUAUCAUUUUAAGCAAUAAUAUUUACAAUUUUUAACGAAUUACGAAACGAAUUGUGUAGGUAAUGAUCAUGUACAACGUAAAAAAAUCCGUCCCCACCACAAGAGAGAGCAGCAACAACACGCGUCGACCGGCAGCGGUGGUGGCAGCAGACCGACCGGCCGGCCGGCUGGCGGGAGUCACGUUUCACGACUCGUGGGACUAACAACUGUUGUUUUACGUCGCGGUUUGCGUUUCCAGUGAAAUGUAGCUUGUCGAAAACAGUCCAUCAACCGAACAUAAUAAUAAUAAUAAAAAUAUAUACAUAUAUUUACCUACAUAUUAUUCACUCGGUCCGUACUCUGUUGUUUUUAAAAUCGAGAAAAAGAAGAAAAAAGAAAGUGCGUUUUUAAAUUUUUUUUUUUUUAUCCAAAUACGUUCGGCAGUGUCGAGUAUAAUAGUCGUAAUAAUUUUAUUCCGUCAUAAUAUACCUGAUUAUAUUAUCAUAUUAAUACCUGACUAUCUAAUAUUUGCUGCAGUUGUGAAAACGAUCGUUGGAUCGCCGAUGAAACGCGUUACGGUUCAUUCGGUUUCGUAGAUUUUUUGUCGAACACAAUAUCAUACACCGGAGAAAAACACUGGCCAGGUGAGUGUGGAUUGGGGGACGGUCGGCGGGCAUGUGGGAACGGAAUCGCGGAUAGAUCAUCGCUGUUUAUAGUACCUACUCACCUAUAGAAUCCACCAAUACGUACGACUCGUAUACGUAUAGUUUUUGAAGCGCUGAAGGCCGUUUAGGUGCUAUUAUAAUCGGUGUUCACUGUUAUAGGAAUGCGUGUUGUAGGACGUCGCGGACAUUCACGUUUAUCUAUACCUAUAGGUGCUUAAAUAUGAAUACAUUUGUAAACCACCGUAGGUAUACGUACACCGAAACUGUACGGAUUCCGAACUACACCGUCUAUUGUUAGGGUUGUCUGUGUGUGUGUGUGUGUGUGUAUGUGUGAGUGUGUCAAAAGGGUCCUUUCCAACAGCGAAAGGCAAUGGGUCCUAUAUAUUUCUAUAGUUGCACAUUCAGUCGUGGAUCAAUGCAUCACGAAAGUGAUGAUGACAAACAUCGUUAUUAUAUAUAUAUAUAUAUAUAUAUUUAUAUUAAAGACCAGAAUAAAAAUAGUCCGGUGUCUUUUAUUUACCGGGAGACGAACGUGAUUCGUUUUGAAUAUGAUUUAUUAUUAUAAAUAUUAUAAUAAUACAAUAUACUUUUCAGAAAUAAACUCUUCUAGUAAUUUUGAGCGAAUCGAUUGUCAUUGAAAUUAUUGAAAUUAUUUCAUAUACAUACAGCUAGAAUAAGUACCAGUGGCCCUACAAGGAUUUAUUUUCGGAGGGGGUUUUAUGAGUUUGAAAAAAAUUGAUUUCGGAUGAUGGUUGGUAGGGUAGAAGGGGUAAGGUUUAAUUAGGUUUAUGAGUAAAAUCUUUAAAUUGUUUAACUUUCAUUUAAAGACAACGCAUAUUGGAAUACAAUUUAGACUAAUAUUGGUUAUGUAAUUAAAUAUACUUUAGUCAUAAAUACAAGAUGGGUCAUUUAAACCUUCGGGAUAUUUUUGGGUAAUAAUUUUUAAAAAAACACAUAUUAUUAAUUUUGAAUCAUUUUUCGUUUAUUUUAGAGAAGGAAAUUUGUUCUGAUUACUUUUUAAAAAUAAUAUUGCGUAAAUGGUCGUCUUCAGAGUGAAUGACUUAAUGUGCUCAUUUUUCGGCAUUUCUGUCACUUUUCGAAAUGUUUCAGGCUGAAUAGCGGCCAUUUCUGUCAUAUAUUAUCUUUAACGCUUCUAGGAUUCGGGGUUUCUUGAUAUAAAAUCUAGACUUUUAAUAACCCCACAGUAAAAUGUCUGUAGGCGUUAAGUCGGGUGAUCGCGGAAGCCAAUCGAAAUCACCAUUUUUUGAAAUUAAGCGUCCGAGGAAUAAAAGACGCAAAAAGGAAUCGUGACCCGAGCUGUAUGAGCUGUGGCGCCGUCUUGUUGAAACUAAUAUUUGUUCAUGUCGUUAUCAAUCAAAAAUGGAAUCGAAAUAUCCGUUAUCAUGGCCUGAUAGCGCUAUUCAUUGAUGGAUACGGCUGCUCCAGUAUCUCUCCUUCGAAAAGAAACUACCCAAUGAUUAUUUUUGCAAAGCAAAAAUAAUUGGCCCAAAAAGUCACGCGUUAAUUGUUAAGAAGUUGUUAGUGGAUAAAUUGAGGGUUUUCAUCGGCGUAGAACCCACAAUUUUGUUUAUUAACGACCCCAUUCAUUUCGAAAAGUGAUGGGAAAUACUGAAAAAUGAGCACAUUACGUCAUUUGCUCUGAAGGCGACCAUUUAAACAAUAUUAUUUUUAAAAAGUAAUCAGAACAAAUUUCCAAAAUCAACAAAAAAUAAAUAAUUUGUGUUUUUUUAAAAAAAUUAUUACCAAAGAUUUCUUGAUGAUUUUCUAUUGGCGCAAUAUUUAUGGUAAAACACAUAAGAGUUAUAAAUAAUGAAAUCAUUGGGCCGUAAUUUGAUAGAAAUCGUGUAUUUCUGUAACUGAGAUUAUUUAUCCCAGUGAAAUUUUACCCGAUAAAUAUUUUAAAGGAGGUAAAUAUUUUCUAGAAAUAAUUUACUGGGGGAGGUAAAAUUUCACCCGGUAAAUAAUCGCGGGUACAUCGGGACACUAUGUUGCCGUAAAUUUUAAUUAUUUGGUUUUUCUCAAUUAUUACGAAAACUGAUUUGAAUAUCGAAAAACGGUUUACUCUGUCAGUGGCAAAAUAUUAUAUGGAACACAAUCGAUCUCUUGUGAUUUUUGGAUUGGUGCAAUAUUUCUGGUAGAAACAUAAUAAAAACAAUGAAAACAGUAACGCACUGUAAAUAUUUGCCGUUUUACCUAUAGUUUUCUGUCGGGAUUUUCCCAAUUAUUUUGAAAACCCCUUGGAAAAUCAAAAAUAUUACAUCCCUAAUGUUGCAACGAGAGAAAAUGAUUUCAGAAAAGGUACUAUAGUCUACACUACUUCGGAGCACGAAAACGCAAGGGCGUCUCCAGACCUUAACUACGGGGGUGAGGGGUGCGAAACAAUUAAAUUGAAUAUUAAUGAUUGAUAAGAAAAAAAGACGGAUAUACUUCGUCACGAUAGGUGGACCACUGUUAUAGAUGAGAAGUUGAAAAGGUAGGAUAUUAUGGGAAAUUUAAUGUAAACCUAUGCCUAAGCAAAUUUAAGUAUUGUCAACAAAAAACGAUUCUGAGUGGAGAUCGCUUAAAAGUAUUGCUUAGGGAUGUCUUUGGAUUAAUUCCAUGAAGGAAACAAUUUUUACUCUUGAAUACCACCGCUUCGGUCAACAAAAACUUAAAACCUUUAUGUCUGAUAUCAUUUUAACUUAAAUUAGUUUAGAAAACUGCAGAUACAUUCUACAAAUGCAAUAAAAUCGUUAAAUUUAGGUUAAUUUUUUUUUUACAUUUAAUAAAUAAUAAUUAAAAUUAUAAAUGAAUAAUAAAAAUAAAUCCAAAAUACUUUUAUUUUAAUCCGCAUUUUGUAAGCAGUUUGAUUAACAAUAUUUUCUAUAAUAAUGUUUUUAUUUCGAUGAAAAUUUAAAAGUGAUAAGUCUCUGCUCAAAAAUUUAUUUUUAACACAAAGUACGAUUUUUAAUGAACCUCAUGUUGAAUUCUCAUGCAUUUCUUUUUAGUCUGAUAAUUUUAUUCAUAAAGUAGGUGGAUAAAAAUUACGUACAAAAUUCGCUAAAUUAGAAAAUUUCAAUAAAAUGUCGUCUAAAAAAGAAAAAAAACCACUAAUAGAUAUCUUUUAAAAACAUGAUUUUUCAUAACCCCCCUAGAAAAAUGUUGAAAAUCCGCUACUGUAAAUAUAAAUAAAUAUGUUAGUAAAUUAAAAUCUCGUUGUCUAUAAGCUUUGUAUUACAAAAUAUGUUCACUUUGAAAAUAUAGGUGAUUAGCUUGACGAAAUGUCUAGAAAUUUAUGAAAAAAAAAAUUCUACCUCGUUUCAAUUUUGUAAAAUGUGUAAAUUUUUUUUUUUAUAAAUUAUAGUUCUAUAAUUAAAAUAUUUAUAUAAUUUAUAAUUUUCAUAAGGUACGAGAAUAUUAUUUAUGAUUAUGGAGUAUGACACUUCGUCUAACAUUGUAACAUAACAUUAAAAAUAAAAUGAAUUUAUGAAUUUAGUAAUGAUUAUCAUUUUAAUAAAUGUUAUUUUUUGAAAAAUCGUAAAAAAAAGCCCUUAAAAAUUAUAAAAACAUACAAAUGCUUACAAAUUAAAAAUACCUAAAUAUAUACAAAUUCUAAAGGCCUUCUCCUUCCCUCCACUUACCGCAAAUUUAAAUCAGUAACAAUAAAUUUGAACGUAUACGAAAUUAUUAAACAAAAAUUGCAUCACUUGCAGAACAAGUGUUAGUGUUUUUAACAUAAUUUAGUUGUAGUCAAUUUUGUUCACCACUUUUUGGGUUAUUUAUCAUGUUACUUACGGUCGUCUAACGAAAACAAAAGUAACUUAAUUAUGUUGAUGAAAUAUAAUUUAUCAAGAUGCCUAAUGUAUUCAUUUCACAUGAAGAUAUCUGUAUUAUCAGUUAAUGAUUUAUCAUUUUAUUAAUCAUCAUUUCUCAUUUUAUACACUUAAAAAGUAUAUAAUAUUAAUGUAAUUUAUUAUAUCAUUAUGUACUUAUACCUAGCUAUAAUGUAUAAUAAAAGAACAUUUUAUAAAUUCAAUAAAUGAUAAAUAGUACGAGUACUAAUAAUGGCGGACAAAAGGUACCUACGUAUUAUUUAAAAUGAUUUUGCCGACAUUUCCAUUAUAAAAUACGAAAAUAAAUAUAAUAAUUAUGUACGAAUGUACCAUGUAUCUACUUAUAAGACGAGUUUGUUUUCAAAAAUGAUUUCUUAAUAUCUAAGUUAGGCAUCAAUAAUAUUGUAUAAUUGUAUUAUUUGAAAUGAAAAAGCCAUCAUAUAGUUACUUAAAGGAUUGAAAAAAUAUUGAUUUUUUCAACAUUACUACGUUGUUUCAUUACAGCUACAGUAUAUAAUAUAAGUUCUGUCGAGUGGUCGAAACCGUCAAUGUAUUCUUUGAUUUUCUACAUACUUUUAUUAAUGUAUUUACAUUAAAAUUCAUUAAAUCAUCUACUAUAAUAAUUAUAGUAGAUAAUUAUGAUAACAUUCAUUUUUAAUUUACAUGUGAUACUCAUAAGUCAUAAAUAAUAAUAAUAUAAUAGCGACUAAUAAUUUUUAGGCAUCAUGUGUUUAUUUUAAUAUUAUAAUAUGUUACCGGACAGUCAGGAUUUCAGGAUGAACUUGUUUGUCCUAGCGCCUUUAGGCUAAACUAAUUUUUUCGAACUUAGAACAAUGAAUAUUUUGAAAUUUUUAAAGAAACAUUAAAUUGAUUAUUGGUUAUCUAUAUCCUUCGCUAAAAAGUAACUAAAUGAAUUUCGAAAUUAAAAGACUAAAGCUAAUUUUAUCUCGUUUAUGUAUAAAUGUAUUAUAAUAUUUUCAUAAAAAUUUCGCUUUUAAUAAGCGAUUUCAUUUUUUAAUAAAAUGAAAACUUGUAGUCUGUAUGCGUAUGAAAUGCUACUUGUAUAGACAUUAAUGGGAAUAACUUUUUUGGAAACGGUUUGUUGUUAUUAGUAAUUAAUUAAUUAAAAUAUUCCUCAAAAAGUACUCAUAUAUUGACAUUGUGUAAUUUCUUUUAUUUUGAAUUACGAACUUUUUUGUUUGGUUGUUUAGAUAAGUAGGUGGUAUAUAAAAUGUCUACUUACUUUAUUUUUCCUUUUUGCGACUAUAAAAACAAGAAAAUUUAUUCUAUCUAUACAAUUACCAUUAAAUAAGUUUAAUUAAUUCAUAAAAAUCAUCGAUUAUAUUUUUCUUAGAUAAUUGAUCAAUUAUUAAUUAAUCAAUUAUUAUUAUUUGUUCAAAACUGUAUAUUAUUAGUAUUUAUUACUAUGAACAAAUUGUAACUGAAUAUAUUUUUCUAAUAGAAUCAAUUCUAUUAUGAAAUAUUAUUUAUAUUUAAUUAAUUUUUAAGUUACGAACUGGGCCUAAUACAGGAGAAAAUAUAAAAUGAUACAUGGUGAAUUUACUGCAGAGACUUGGUAAUGAAUGAUGCGUCUCCAUAUGGGUUAAUGGCAAUUCUAUAUACACUUAAAUGUUCAAUAAUACGUAUUCAUAUAUAAAUAUAGUAUAUAAAUAAUGCAUACAAGUAUGAAUAUAAACUAUAAAAUCAAGAUACGUAUUUAUGUUAUUUUUCUUAAGAAAUUUUAUAAUAAUUUAAUAUAAUUCUGUAAGGUACCUACAAACUAUAUUUUCCGUAUUGGGGACGUUAGAGUGAUAAUAUAUAUAUUAUUUUUAUAUUCUGCUAUUAAUGUAUUUAUAAAUUGUAAAUGCUAUUCAAAAUGAUUUAAAUUAUUACUUUAAAUUCAAUGAAUUUGCAUCUAUAGAAAUGGAUAACCGAGUGCCGUCAGAACAUGACAUCUUCGUAUAAUAUAUUUAAACCUUGAACGCCAACAAGAUAUCUCUUACAGAUAUUAAAUAUUUAUUGAACAAAAUAUAAUUUAGUUUUGGAAAUUUAAGAAUUUCAUAAAUAUUUAAAAUAUGAAAUCACCAGUUUAAUUAUUAAUAUGUAUUUUAUUUUCAUGUAUAUUUUUUAUAAUGUAAAUUACUUAUACAUGAUAUUUUAUAGAGAUUUGACACAUGUAUUAAUUUUGUUCUGUUCAAUAAUUUUAAGUUUUUAAAAUCGGAUUGGAAGGAGGGAUCUAUUGGUACAUUAAUGAUGUGUUUUUGUUAGUCUGUAAAAAAAUGUUUAAAUAAAAACCUUGCUCAAAUUGAAAAAUGACAAUCGAGACUUUUUUGUUGUAUUUUGGAUCUAGAUAGUGAGAUCAUUUUUUUAAUUUCUAAGAGAUUUACAAAAUAAUAGGGAAAUACCGAAAAUAAAAUUACAGAAAAAACAUCAAAUAUUUACAGCGCACCGCUGUAUUAUCGAUUUCAUUGUUUUUAAUUUGUUCGCACUAUAUUUUCUACCAAAAAUAUUUCGUUAAUCAAUAAAUGCUAAGAGAUCUUUUUUUGUAACAUUUCGAAAUUAGUUGCUAAAAUAAAAAAAUACAUUUUUUAAUUUCUGUGUUGCUUUCUUUUUAAUUAAGCAAAACCGAUAAAAAAACGUAGAAAUAACAGCAAAGUUUACAGAAAUAAUGAUUUCAUUAUUUUAAAUUUUGUGUUUUUGUUGCUAUUCUUUGCUAUUCUUUUCUUGUUGCUUAAAAAUACUCACAGGGACUUGAAAUUUUGACAAAAAAUUAUAUUUGUCUUUCUUACGUCAUAAAAUUUUAAAAAAUGUUUGCCACUUUCUGAGUUAUUUAUAAGCAUUUUAUGUUCAAAAGAUUUUUUACGUUUUUGAUACUAUGUAGAUAUUAUAAUUGUUUGACUAAACAGAAAUGCUUGGACAUUUAACAGGAGGUUUAUUAUAAGUUGUUCUUAGUGGUCAAAAAAAUAAAAGAAGUAGAGUGGUAUUUAGUCAAUUUUUUUCAUAUUGGUUUUGAGAUUAAAUUUUGAUGAAAAUCGUAAAUAUUACGCUCUCUUAAGUCAUGUGAAAACAAACUUCGAUUAGAAUUAUUUUCAUUAAAAAUGAUUUAUCGUUACUUAUGGAUAUAAAUUAAAUAACUUUCAGUAUCCUACAACCUUCUUAACUUCUCACUUACAACAAUGGUGCACCCAUUAGCAGUAUUAUCUCUUUUUAUUUGUCUUGUAAUACCUAAUUACUCAGGCUUGCGUUAUGAUUCCUCUAUUUUAUAUAUUUUGAAAACUGAAAACAAAAAUUUAAAUAUUUAAAAAAUUGUUUGUUUUUGUUAUUAUUAUUAUUUUGUUUAUUUACGCUAUAAUAGAAAUUAGUUUAAAAACAGUAACAAAUUAUUGUUACAAAUAUUUAAACUUAAUACUUCUAAUUGAUAUUUAAUUUUCUAAAAACUGUUUGAAGUUAACUACUACUAAAAUUUUUAAUCCAAAAGCUUAAUUUUAAUUAAGCUAUGAUUAGGUGUUACAUCAUGGAUUUAAAAUGUUAUAUUAUUUUAUCAAAAGUGGACAAGUUUUUAAAUACUAAACUGUAUAUAUGUAUAUUUUUUUUUAAGAUAUUAUUAUGGGGCACGGAAAUAUUAGCACUUAUCCAUGGGGCCCAGAAGAUAUAUGUCCAGGUGGAUUAAUUUUGCCGAUUUUGGAUGAACGUUUAUGGCCAAUCAAAGUGCGGGUGGUUAUUUAUUUAUUUACGUUGCUUUAUUUCCUAUUGGGAAUAUCCAUAGUAGCUGAUGUAUUUAUGACCGCUAUUGAUAAAAUUACCAGCCAUACGAAAAAGGUUUAUAUGGCUAAAGAGUUAUCGGUAAAUGGCUCAAGUGUUUCUCUCCGACCAGACCAACCCGAAAUAAUAGAAGUGCGUAUAUGGAAUCCAACAAUUGCAAAUCUAACAUUGAUGGCUCUAGGUUAGUAUUAGAUAUCUAAUAAUUAAAUUUUAAACUUAUCAAUAUAAGUAUAUGUUAUAUAUUAUAUAUAAGUCAGUAUAAUAAAUCUUUGAAGUAUUUUGGUAAAAUUAAUAUCCAGGGACAUCUUCGCCUGAAAUUUUAUUGUCUAUCAUUGAAACGGUGGGUCAUCAUUUCGAGGCUAGAAAGUUAGGACCAAACAUCAUUGUGGGAUCAGCUGCUUUCAAUUUGUUGAUUAUCACUAGUUUAUGUACACUUUCACUAAAUUUAAACGAAAAGAGAAGAAUACAUGACUUAAAAGUAUAAUCAUUAUUUAAUUCACCAAAUUAAUUAUUUAUUAACAAACAUUUCUUGUGAGUUUUAGGUAUUUUUAGUGAUAAGCGCUUUUAGUUUUUUUGCCUAUAUCUGGCUUCUAUUAAUAAUUGAAGUAAUUUCACCAAAUGUUAUUGAAUUAUGGGAAGCAGCGAUGACAUUUUUGUUAUUUCCAAUCCUUAUGUUUUUUGCUUAUGCUACUGAUAGAAACUGGUGUGGAAAGAAAAUUGAACACGGUAAACACCAACUAGACCUUUCCUCUGUUGAAGAUCCAGGUAUAAUCGUACAUAAUAACUAAUCAAAGUUAGAAGUACGUGGUUAAUGUUUAUUUCACUUAACUUUUAAUAGAAGAAAUGAAAAAUCAACCAAUUGUUAAUAAUGGAAAAGUCCACAAAGAAAAUUUAAUUAAAUUUGUGAAAACUGUAAAGAAAUAUCCCGGGAUAACUGACGCAGAUGCAGCAAAACUCGCAGCUACUAAAAUAAUAGAUUCAACACAUCAUGGAGCUAUGUGGUAUCGCAUUGGAGCUGUAAGACAUUUUACAGGUGGAAAACGAAUAGAACCUAUUCUAGAAGAUCAUCUGAAACAAGUAUAGAAAUAUUUCUUAUAAAACGUAAAUAAUCGAAUUACUUCUUCUAGUCAGAUUGGUUUUUAACUACCUAUAGGUUUAUAAUGUAAUAAAAAAAGAAAACAAUGUCGGAGACAUGAAUGAAAUGUCACUAUUUUCUUUCAAAGACGAACAAAAAGAAUAUUCAGUAGUUGAGUUCCAUGCACCCACUAUUGCUGUUAAAGAAAAUAUAGGGAAAUUCCCCGUAACUAUUUGGCGACAUGGAAAACUAAACACUAAAGCAACUAUAAGGUAAACGGGAAUUUUAAAUUUGAAUAUCAUAAUAUAAAUUGAAUUAAUUGUUAUAAUGUAAAUUACAGAGUGGAAAGCAUUAAUGGAACAGCUAAAGAAGGAGAAGAUUUUGUGAAAGUUAGGGAAAUUGUUGAGUUUAAUGAAAAUGAAGAAGAAAAAGAAGUACCUAAAUACUAUAUAGUUUAUGAGUUAUUUUUAUAUUUUUUAUCUACAAUUAGAUUCUCGUCGAAAUACUUGAUGAUAAUAAAUGGGAACCAGACGAAGAAUUCUUCCUCAGAAUUUCUGUAGUUCAUCAUAAAGAACGACCUGUAAAACUUGGUAGUAUUUCAAUUAUGGAAGUCACUAUAAUCGAUAACGAUGGUAUAAUUAUAUUGCACAAUUUAUAUAAAACAUCUAAUUUUAUUAUAACAUUUUCUUUUGUCUUAUUUUAGAACCGGGUAUUAUAAGUUUUGGCAAAAGAGGACUAUUAGUAAAAGAGAGUGCAGGGUUCGUUGAGAUACCUAUUGUACGAACCCAUGGAUCAGACAACAUGGUAAGUGUGAAAUGGAAGACUAUUGAUGAAUCGGCCAUUUCAGGACGAGAUUACAUAGGUGGCGAAGGCGAAAUUUAUUUCAAAGAUAAAGAAGUAGCUAAAAUGUUACGAAUUGAAAUUAUCAAUGAUAUGUGUCCUGAGAAAGAUGAAUGCUUUGAGAUCGAAUUAUUUGGGGCUACAGGUGGUGCGAAAAUUGGAAACAUUAACCGGAUUGCUAUAACGAUUAGUAGUGACGAUGGUAAAAAUUUUAUGAAGUUAUAUUUGUUUAAAUUUGAAAUUCUGAGCAGAGCGAUUUAGCAAGUUAUAAUACAAUGUGUCCAACUGUGUUCGACGGAUUUUUCUAUCACUGUUAAUGUUAUAUUUUUUUUUUUCAAUCGAUUUGUCUUCGAGGAAAGCAUCGGAUUCAUUGAAUAUAAAUAUGUGAUUAAUUAAAAUUGUGUGAAUAAAAUUGUUUACAAAAGAGCUAUUUUGAAAAUUGUCUAAAGUGAAUAAAUAAAGUUAUUAUUAUUUUUUUUUGUGUGUUAAGGGGAUGAAAAUACAAAAUUGAAAAAAAUGUAAUAUUAACGGCGAUAGAAAAACCCGUCGAACACGGUGGGACAAAGUGUGUAUCAGUCUUACUAUUAUGGCAUUAUUUUCACAAAUAAUACUUUCUAAACAGCAAAAUAACUCAACAAGUUUUAAUUCUGAGCUCUUCUCAGAAUCGUUUUCAACCGUUUAUCAUUGCAUUCAAUGAUUCAAAUAAUAAACUCUAUUUUUCGUCUUCUGUAAGUAUAUGAAAAAUAUAUAUACAUUGAUGGUGUGUAUUUACUUUUUUUUCAGACUUUGAUUCUGUUGUCGAUCGCUUAAUGUUAUUGACUCAUAUAAAUAUUCAUGCGAUCGAACUGCAUCGCCAAACGUGGGUAGAACAAAUUAAAACGGCAAUGACCGUAAACGGUGGCGAUCUGGAUAACGCAACUACUUUAACUUACAUAUUGCAUUUCUUUUCAUUCUUUUGGAAAGUUUUCUUUGCAUUUAUACCACCAGCAGGAAUUUGCUCUGGCUGGUUAAGGUUUAUUACUUCAUUAGCACUCAUAGGCAUCAUAGCUACGAUAAUUGGUGAUUUAGCUACAAUUUUUGGUUGUUUAAUUGGACUGGAUGACAUCGUAACGGGUAAAUUUCUUAGACAAUUAUUUCCAAUUAACAUUCAACCAAUUUAAUCGAAAAUUAAACUCGUUAAUUCGAAUUUAUUAUUAUAUACGCAGCAAUAACAAUAGUGGCGCUCGGUAUGUCCCUACCGGACAUCUUAGGAGCCUGUAUGGUUACCCGGGCAGAAACUCACGCAGACGAAGCUAUGAUACACAUUGCCGGUUCAAUAGCAGUUAAAGUAUUGAUGGGCGUCGGGUUACCUUGGUUCAUAGCCGCUGUAUAUCACUAUUUACACGUAAACAUCCACUUUCACUCUCUAAAUAUUUUUCAACGUAAAUUAUUAAAAUUAAUUUUUUUUUAGGGAAACGUUUUUCACGUACCGUCCAACCGUAUCGGUUUCAAUGUUCUUGUAUAUUCUGUUAUGGCUAUUUUAGCUAUUAUUGUUUUAAUGGUUCGUAGAAAUGUUGGCUUUUUCGGAAAUGCUGAAUUAGGUGGACCGCAAAAAGGAAGAUAUAUUACUGUGGUUAUAUUAAUCUCGUUGUGGGUAGUUUACUUGUCACUCACUUGUUUCCAAACAUUUUAA